CUUCAUUCACUGACUGUGAUCUGUAGUCUUGCGACCUAAACCGCAAGAGUAAGACCACCGAACCGUCCGCCUUCGGCGACGAGAACGUGUUAUCCGGUCCCUUCGGCGACACGCAAAUCGACAAACCCAAGGUAGCACGUCCAGCGAACCGCUCCGCGUACGCCGACACCCGCGAGUAUUCUGUCGGAAAAGCCGCGAAAAAGAAGUCGAUUGCAGCUCAGCGCGACUAUUCUCGACGGCAGUACGAUCAGGCGGACGAGGACGACUGGUUUUCGCGCCAGGAGUCGCGCGGGAAGGCGAGUUCGAGCAAGCAGCCUCCGCCUCAGCGUCUGCCCGAUAUCCACAUCAAGGCGUCCGACCUGCGCAUCAAGGGCAUGUCGAAGCAACGCGACCGGGACGUGGACUUGCCCCAGCCCUCGCGCAUGGCAUACGAUGGCCCGCCGCACCGCGGGGGAAGCAGCGACGAAGAGGAUGGAGGCGGCAGGCGGAAAGCGCGCCGGGCGCGGGGGAAGGCGGGCAGCAGUCAUCGUCGCGACGACUAUGAGAUGCAGGCGUACGAGGACUCGCGCCAGGCGUAUGGCGAUUCGCGGUAUGGAGACGCGCGACAGUCGAAGUACAGCAAGCUGCCUUCCAGUUCUCGGAAUCCGCCCUCGAGCUCCCGAAAUCCACCCCCGAGCUCGCGCAGCAAUGGGGCUCCGAGCUCUCGCAACGGGCCCUCUAGCUCGCGAGGACCUCCGAGUGGUCGCGGGUACGGCCAGCCUGCGGCAGGUGGGAGCGGCGGGUCUUCGAAUAGGCCACGGUAUAAGGGCGGAUACUCGAGGGACUAGACAGUUCGUGUGGCAUGUUCACGAACGGCUAUCGCUGGGCAGUAUAAGUGUGGCAUGUCUGACUCGCAUUCCUUAUCGUUAUUGCUGUCGUGCUACCGUGUAUGUGGUGGCCUCCUGGAGAUGUACACCCUAUCUAUCUAUACAUACACACAAUCUCUGUACAUAUACACUUGUUAUCGCGCUGAGUUGAAGGGUUCUUGGAUGUGCAUACUUGGUGAGCAUUUUGUUUUCCUACCUCAAGUCUUGCCGCAGCCGUACCUCUGCAGCAUAUAUAUCUAUCAGGGC